AUGAUUCCUUUCGUUUUCAUUCUAUUCACCCUACUCCUGACUAGCAUCGACACAGCUAUUCUAAAAUGCGACUUUGAGACAGACUGUUCAGACUUUGAUAUUGAUACAAACUGGGGUUUGACUGAUGGUGCCCAUCCACAACCCAUCAAUCAUGAUCACACGCUCAACACAAGCGCUGGCCAUUAUCUUUUUUACACGCCACAAAGCUCACCACCAUUCCACCAGGUAGAUGCCAAAAUCAAAACCAAACAAUGGGUUCAACUACCAACUGACCGUGCUGUUUGUUUUCAAAUGUGGUAUUACACACCUCAUGCGAAUCUUCCGUUUUCAAUUCAGUUGGUACAAGGUGACGAUGAUCAAUUAACACGAAUCGUUGCAACUAUACCUGGAAAAGUUCCUUCGAUAAAUGAUUGGACACUGGUUAAUAUAGCAUUACCAGCAGAGAAGUUUAAGUUAUUGAUUCAAUUGAAUAUUUCGACUACACCAUUAGCAUUUGAUGAUCUCUCGAUCGAUUAUUGUGAUAAGCCAUUACCACCUCCUCCGACAACAUUAUAUACGUGCAACUUUGAAUCCUCGUGUACGACUGAUUUCGUGCCAUUGCCCAACUAUCCCUAUGAGUGGUCGAUAAUGAAAGCAAGUGAUGCUGUCAAAGUAGAUAGCCUGGCACCUACGACUGAUUUUACCUAUGGUAACGAAUCCGGACACUAUGCUUUUGUUCCUUCUUCUAAAACAUACAGAAAAGGAUAUGUUGGGUAUCUUGCUCUUCGAACAUCCAUGAAUAUCACUGCAAACGAGUCGUUCUGUUUAAAUUUUCAAUAUUAUGGUUAUGGUCGAACAUACGCAGGUAGUUUACUGAUUUACGCACAAUUUUCUGAAUCAUCCGAAACUAUACAACAAGUGUGGCCACCACAAAAUAGGCGGUAUUCAUAUCGAAGUGACCAACGGACUUGGGGCAUUGCACAACUGCCGAUUGGAGAUUACUCAUUAUUAUUUCGUGUAGAUAGUAGUGAUAAUUAUCGAAGCUCGUAUGCAAUCGAUGACGUCUCUGUAACGUCGUGCGAUUAUCCUCCGACGACGUUUUAUGAAGACGGUGCUGCUUUGCUUUCUUUUUCAUGUGAUUUUGAUAAUCUAACCAUGUGUGGAAUGCUGAGUGAAGAUCGUUUUAUGAAAUCUACUUACAAUUUCACUGCAAUGACGGGCGAAACUAUUCCCGAUCGAAGUCUGGGACCAUUCUACGACCAUACAACGAACUCGUCAACUGGAGGUUUUAGUUAUUGGGAUCGUCGCUUGCCCUUUACGUCAUCAGACAUGGGAUACCUAUUUCCUGCAUAUUCAAUGGCAUCAAAUCUCGGAAUGUGUAUUCGAUUUGCUUAUUACGUCAAGUCAUCAGUCGACAAUAAAAAUAGUACGCAAUUAGCUGUAACAACAGGCGGAUGCCUCGGUGCUAUGUUAUGGAGCACAUCAUUGGAUGAUAGUCGAGGCUGGCAAGUUGUCGUGAUACCAGCACCCGAUGUUGCAUGCAUGGAAUCGUACUAUUUCAGUGUAUACCAACGAGGAACAGUGAGAGUAGCAGUUGCCGUCGAUGAUUUUAUUAUAGAUCAAUGUUCUAUGUUCACCACAACCACCACCACGACAUCCACUACUACUACGACCACUACAACUACGACUGUGACCUCUACUACUACUACAACUUCGACGACUGUUAGCCAUACUACUCAAAGUACAACAACAACAACAACAGCUCCUGUUAGCAGUUCGACAACAUCCACUAGCAGCACAACAGCAACCACACCCCCGAAAAGCCGGGCUGGAAAAUUACUGUCGUCAAACACACUACAGAUAAUAUUGGUUUAUCUUCUUUUUCAUAUUGUUCAAUACCUAUCAUAG